CUUUCGACGUGUUAUUUUAAAAGGUAUUUUCCUCUCGUUGAAGACCAUUGCAGAUUAAAACCGCGGACAAGGCCAAGCAGCGUCAGCGUCGUUGUGCCCAACAAGCGGAGAACAGCAUGGCUCGAAGUCAGACAACGACGGCGCGCUCGGAUUCCAGUGCAAAAAGCAAACCCACUGGAACUCUCGAAGACUUCGCAAAUGAGCACAUCAUCGGGGGUUGGAGACCAGGAAUGGACCCGAAGGUCGACUACUCGGGUCAUUUCGAGUUCGGCGGUUCCUUGGGAAACCUGGGAUUGAUGAUCGGAUUCCCCCUGCUGAUGUACUAUAUGUGGAUUGGAGCUACAUUCUACGAUGGAAAGCUGCCACUACCAGAAGCCGGUCAGUCUUGGAUUGACUUCACCGGAGAUUUAGUCAAUGUGGCCUACAACCAUGCGCUCCCCCAUAUGCGUGCAUGGAAGAUCUACUGGGUCUACUAUAUCUUUGAAGCGGCCUGCUACAUCCUCAUGCCCGGGUUCACCUGUUACGGAAAGCCUCUUGCCAAUGAGGGCGGCAAACAGCUGAAGUACCACUGUUCAGCCUAUACCAGCUUCUACCUCACCAUUGUCGUGAUGGCGGUGCUGCACGGUACCGGUCUCUUCCCCAUCUACACCUUCCUCGAUGAAUUCGGCCCCAUCAUGUCCGUCGCAAUCCUUUCCGGAUUUAUCCUCAGCUUCGUCGCGUACUUUUCCGCCUUCGCCCGUGGCGCGGAACACCGCAUAACCGGUUACCCGAUCUACGAUUUCUUUAUGGGUGCCGAGCUUAACCCGCGACUGUUCGGCAUUCUCGACUUCAAAAUGUUCUACGAAGUGCGUAUUCCAUGGUUCAUCAUGUUUGGGCUCAGCAGCGCCGCUGCAGCGCGCCAAUACGAACAAUACGGCUACGUCUCCGGCGAGGUUCUCUUCCUUGUCAUGGCACACUUCUUGUACGCGAACGCCUGCGCAAAGGCCGAGCACCUGAUCACAACAACCUGGGACAUGUAUCAGGAAAAGCUCGGCUUCAUGCUCACCUUCUGGAACAUGGCCGGCGUGCCUAUGUCGUAUUGCCAUUGUGUCUUGUACCUCGCGAAUCGGGAUCCUGCCACCUACGCGUGGAGCAAGCCUGCCUUGGCGGCUCUCUUCAUCUCAUACCUUGGUGUCUACUAUGUCUGGGACACAGCAAACAGUCAGAAGAACUCGUUCAGAAUGAUGGAGCGUGGCACGUUCGUCAAACGCAAGACCUUCCCGCAGCUUCCUUGGCAGGAAGUGCACAACCCGCGAACCAUCCCUACCAAGACCGGCGAUGCGAUUCUGGCAGAUGGGUGGUAUGGUUUGGCGCGCAAGGUGCACUAUACAUGUGACAUGUUCUUUUCGCUGUCGUGGGCGCUCAUCACGGGAUUCGAGAGCCCGUUUCCGUGGUUCUACCCGGUGUUCUUUGUUGUGAUGAUCGCGCACCGGGCCAGGAGGGAUAUCAAUAAAUGCAAGAGGAAGUAUGGGGAUGCCUGGGUGCAAUAUGAGAAGCAGGUGCCGUAUCUCUUCAUUCCGUAUGUUAUUUAACCCAGAGGAUUGGAAUUCUGGACAUGGGCGCAGAGAGGGAAUGCUGAGCAUUUCGUGAAAGGAUUGUGCCCGUUUUGGGUUGAUAAGUAUUCGUGUACAUUAUGUGUAUAACAUAAGAUCUCUUCAAGUAGUUUAUCAUGAAUUGAAUUUAUUAGGCUAACCAAG